AUGAGUGAUGCACCAACUUCUGCUGAACCUAAAUAUAACUUUUUGAAACAAAUGGUUAUUGAAUCAAUGAAUCUCAAAGAGCUAAAAAUCGCCAUAGCGCAUUUUGAUAUUUCAUUGCUGCAACGUCCGACACAAUGGGGAAAGUUGUCUAUUCAUAAAGCGUUGUCUCGAGACCAGAAAAAUCGCUUGCACACUGGAAUUUGCAAUCUCAAAAACGAAUACAACUAUCUGAUGCGCCAGGAAAUUCUAAACAACUUGAUGAUGAUCAAAAGGAAGCUGGAUUCUUUCUUGGCCCAAUCUAGCAUCAAACAAAGUUUCGAAAUUUCUGUCAAAGAACUUCAAAAAACGUUUGCUUCUUGUGAUCAUGUGAGCCAAAAACUCUCAAAUCCCGACGAAUUGUGGAAGCGAUUUGAUGGAGGAAUCUCGACCAUUACAGUAAUUUCUAAUCAACUAUCUUACGAAGUGAAUGAACAAAAAGAGAAUCUCACUGAAAAACUAAGCUACUUGUCAAGGAGGGCCGACGAAUUUAGGAGAGUGGAAUCAGAAUCUUAUCGAGUCUGGGACCAUGUUCGUAUGCAAAUGGAAAGAGUGAAGGAAAUCGAUAACUGCUGGAGACAUCUUUUGAGAGAAGAGGUCAGCUGUGAUUGGAAAUUGAUCAAGUUCCAAUUCAAAUGGACGAAUGAUGGAUAUCAAGCAAAAUACGUCAGGGAGCCGGAAACAAGACUCUGGCGCCGGAAAAACGUCGUCCCACCAGCAGAGCUGUUGCGAAGAAUCAAAGGAUUUGAGCAGCGUUUGAGAACUUCCCCGGUUUUCAUGAUUGAUUCUCUUCUUAAACCUUGCUCAUCCAAACCGAAAUCGCAACAAUUUCAACCUGCGCUAUUCACCUUCCCAAUCGUUCUUGACUCCUUCCAACCAUUAGAAUCGAUAUCCGCAAAUAUCCCAAUUUCAAAUUUUACUUAUUCUUUUUGA